AUGGCAAGCAUGCAGCAAGUAUUGGUACAUCUGCUCGACGAAGCAGAAGGAAGCUCAGAGUCGGGCCAUACACACAACAACUGCCAUCACCACCACCACAGCCACAUCAAAGAUCAAUUGGAGGAUCUGGAGCCUUCCAGCCACCUGCGGCUGCUUCAACAACUACUGUGCGUCCGCCAACCCGAACCACCCUUGCCGGAGACAAUUCUGAGCAAGAUAGACGCGCUUCUCCGGCAACAACAGUCCCACAGGCUCCUCACGCUUGCCGGUUCAAUUCAGCCGACACAAACAUUCAAACGAAACAACUCUCAAGAUGUCAGAAUCACACUCUGGCAAGGUGACAUCACGACGCUGUCCGGCAUCACCGCCAUCACCAAUGCCGCCAACGGUCUAGGUCUCGGAUGCUUCCAACCUUCUCACCGCUGCAUAGACAACGUGAUUCACGCGGCUGCAGGUCCCCGGCUGCGGGACGCGUGCUACCGAAUCAUGGAGUCAAGGAGCCGAGAAAUCGAGCCGGGCGAGGCGAUCGUUACUGAGGGCUACUGUUUGCCUGCAGAGCACGUCGUGCACGCGGUUGGACCGCAACUGCAACGCGGCUCGAAGCCGACCGAGACGCAGACUGCGCAGCUCGCCCAAUGCUAUCGCUCCGUGCUCGACGCCGUGGAAGCUUUGCCCGCGACGCCGGAUGGCAGGAAAAUCGUCGCCUUCUGCGGGAUCUCGACCGGCUUAUUUGCGUUCCCGGCGCGAGAUGCGGCAUCUGUCGCGGUGAGGGCCGUUGCAGAUUGGCUCGAGCACCACAAGAGUACGUCCAUCACCGAUAUCAUCUUCAACACCUUCACGGAUGCAGAUCAUGCCAUCUACAAGGAGAUCCUGGCCUCGCCUCCCCCGCAGACACCAGGGAUCGGGAUGUCGCCAACCCCGCCAAGGGUAAAUCACCCGCACCGGCAGUCGCCGUUGAUCCAGUGCGACUCGCUGGACCGCGCCAGGCAGUGGUUAACGACGGCAGAUGCUGUCAUCGUAAGCGCUGGUGCCGGGUUAUCUGCUUCCGAUGGUUUGGAUUAUACUUCAACGGCGUUGUUUGCCAAGCACUUUCCCGGUUUCCUCAAGUACGGGCUGCGAACUCUCUAUAGUGUCUUCGGCUUCACUGGCUGGCCGACCGAACAGGUACGAUGGGGCUACUAUUUCACGCAUCUUGGCAUGGUCAGCUCAUGGCCAGAAUCCCCGAUGUAUGGGACGCUGAUAUCCUGGUUGGACACGUUUGGCGAGAACGCGCAUGUCAGGACUUCGAACGCCGACGGUCUCUUCGUCGCAAAUGGUUUGUCGCCUGAAAAGCUGUCAACGCCGCAGGGCUCGUACUCCGUGUUCCAAUGCCUGGCGAAUUGCAGACCGGAGGCGACGGUGCUCUCUGGACCACUCGUCGCCGACGCGCAAUCGUCGCUGGAUCCGGUAUCUCAAAUCUUGACAGACCCGAGCAAGGUGCCCCUUUGCAAGUUCUGCGGCGGAAAGAUGAACAUCUGCGUGCGAGCCGGGCAUUGGUUCAACGAGAAGCCUUUCCAGCAGGGGGAGUCGAGAUGGAAGCAGUUUCGCAGGAACAUUGUGCAUCGUGAGGACAAGACGACAGUGAUCCUGGAGCUUGGCGUCGGGAUGUCCACGCCGGGCGUAUUGAGGUGGCCCAACGAGGAUCUGGUAAUGAGAAGCGGGGGGAAGGUGAAGCUGGUGAGGGUGGGCAUGGGACCUGAGACGGCCGUCCCGUGGGAUCUGGAAGAUGCCGGACUGGCGACGAGCAUCGAUGGCGACAUCACGACGGUGGUGAGCGAGCUGCUGAGUUGA